UCUCCCUCCCUCUGCCCGGUCGUCACAGCCCCCUUCUCUCUGUUUCCCGUCCCCUCCUCCCGAGAUCUAGAAUUCUAGGGUUCGCCCGCUCGGCCUUCGUCCUUCUUGGGCCGAGCCCUAAUCCUGCCGCACCGCAGUCCACCACCAAUCCCGAGUUGGUGGAUCGCCUCGCCUCCGCUGCGCCCGCCUGCCUGCCUGCUCGCUCCUCCGCGUACGCAUUCUUGGGUUCCAUUGACAACAAACAAGAUCUGGCAUACCUGCUCGCUGCUCGGCCUAGCUAAUCCGGACUCCGGAUCUCAGUCACCAUCUACCACAUCCUAUCUCACGGGUUCAGCUGCUAGCCUAUCGGCAUGGCUGAGGAAACCGCCAAUGACACUCAGGUGGCCCAAGAAAAUGAGGUUGCUCCCAAUAAUGAGGCAGUCCAAGCAGAUGAAUUGGUCCAAGCUGAUGAGUUGAUACAAGGUGAAGAAAUCAAUCAAGGUGAUGAGUUAGCCCAUGGUGAUGAUUUUGUGCAAGGAAAUGAGUUGGCCGUUGCUGAGGAAACGACCCCUCGGACUGGAACCAGACGGAGGAGAAAGAAGUCCUUGGUAUGGGAACACUUCACCAUCGAAGAAGUUGCUGGAGGGGUCACACGGGCAUGCUGCAAUCUCUGCAAGCAAACCUUUGCUUACAGCUCUGGCUCGAAGAUUGCUGGGACUAGCCAUCUCAAGAGGCACAUUACCUUGGGUUCUUGUCCUAAGAUAAAGAAUCAAGAGCAGAGGCUGGCACUGCCUUCAGCAGGAGGUACUGACAAUGAUGGUGAGGGAACUGUGGAGCGGCGAACCAAGAGACGAUACAGAUAUACUGGUUAUGCAAAUGCUGCUUUUGAUCAAGACCGCAGUUGCUCCUACCUGGCGAAGAUGAUCAUUCAGCAUGACUACCCGCUUCACAUUGUUCAACAGCCGGCAUUCAGCACUUUUAUUGAGAGUCUGCAGCCACGUUUCAAGAUUGUGGAUGUUGAUACGAUGGAGGGAGAGGUGUAUUCUGUUUAUCAGAAAGAAAAGGAGAACCUGCUUCAAGCAUUCAACACUAUACCUGGAAGGAUCAGCCUCACCAUAGGAUUGUGGACAACGAGUCAGACUCUUGGCUAUGUUUCACUUGCAGGGCAGUUUAUCGACUCUGAGUGGAAAGUACACCGAAGAAUGCUUAGCUUCAUGAUGGUGUCAUCUCCUCAUUCAGAGAAUGCACUUAGUGAAGCAAUUAGCAUGACCCUUUCUGACUGGAAUAUGAAGGACAAACUAUUCACCAUCACAUUGGAUAAUGAAUGUUCCUCACAUGACAUUUACAGUGCAAAUCUGAGGGAUUAUCUAUCCAACAAGAACAAUCUCAUGCUUAAGGGACAGCUGUUUGUUGUGAGGUGCUAUGCCCAUAUCCUUAAUGCUGUCGCCCAAGACAUCAUUGCUUCAAUUCACGGUGUUAUCUACAAUAUCCGUGAAAGCAUAAAGUUCAUAAAAGCUUCUUCUGCCCGUGAAGAGAAGUUUGCUGAGAUUGCUCUGCAGCUGGAGAUUCCCAGUACGAAGACCCUCUGUCUGGAUGUCACAACCCAGUGGAACACCACUUAUCUGAUGUUACUGGCUGCCUUGGAUUAUAAGCAGGCUUUCACUACACUUGAGACCUGUGAUGAUAACUACAAUGAAGCUCCUUCAGGAGAGGAUUGGAAGAAAGUUGAGGCUGCCUGUACUUACCUGAAACUACUAUAUGACUCUGCGCACAGCAUCAUGGCAUCAACAAACCCAACUUCAAACCUUUUCUUCCAUGAAGCCUGGAAGCUUCAGCUAGAACUAUCAAAUGGCACAGGACAUGAAGAUCCCGUUUUCAGUAGCAUUGCCAAAGAUAUGCAUGAGAGGUUUGACAAGUACUGGAAAGAUUGCAGCCUUGUGCUAGCCAUUGCUGUCGUCAUGGAUCCACGUUUCAAGAUGAAGCUUGUUGAGUUCAGUUACUCCAAGAUUUAUGGGGCUGAGGCUGCAAAGUAUGUUAAGGUGGUCAAUGAUGCUGUGCAUGAGCUGUAUAAGGAGUAUGUUGCUCAGCCACUCCCACUGACCCCAGCCUAUGCUGAGCAAGGCGAAGCUAAUAAUGGGCCAGCCAAUGCGAAUAACAGUCAUGGAGCUCCUGGUUCCACUGGUGAUGGGCUUCUUGACUUUGAUAUGUACCUUUCCGAGAUCCAGAGUAGCCAGCCCUCAAAAUCUGAACUAGAACAGUACCUGGAUGAGUCCCUCACUCCACGUAUCCAGGAGUUUGAUAUUCUGGACUGGUGGAAGCUUAACACAGUCAAGUUUCCAACCCUUUCUAAAAUGGCCCGUGAUAUCUUGGCCAUUCCAAUGUCUAUGGUAAGCAGCGGCAGCUCCAUAUUCUCUGCUGGAACAGGAAGUCGCAUGCUUGAUGACUACAGAAGCUCUCUUCGUCCUGAGAUUGUGGAGGCACUUGUCUGUGCCAAAGACUGGCUCCAGUACUCAGCACCUGUCACCGAGGCUCCAAGUUCUGCACUGGUCAAGGCUGAAGGAUCAUAGGUUCACUGUGGUCACUGCUUCCUUGUCAAAGUAUGAAUCUAUCUGUGUAUCGUAUCUAUGAGUGUAGUUAACUGUAGGUGUAUUGUAGGCUGAAAUUGCGAACCGAUUGUGAUCUAUUCUGGUAUUUAUCUUGUAGAGGUGUAACUUGUUUGUGUCGAACUCUGUUUAAUUUGCUGUUGUUGUAAUGUGUAUGUGUUGUCAGAAUUGGAAUUAGGCAGUGAAUGAAAUUGCAAAGAAAGAGCAGCUUAGUUCCUUGGCUUGGCUACAAGUUGUUAAGAGAAUGGUUCUGGUAUGUAUCAGGCUGUAACAACUAACUUAAGUUUUCUAAAUUUAUAAUUGCAGGAGAGCUGUACCUGUGCUCU